AUGCAGUCGCAAGAUCCAGAUCUCGACACAAGGCGCAGUGUCUUCUGGGUGGGCAAUAUUCAUUGCGCCUCAUGCGUGGCCUAUGUAACUGAGAUCCUCUCCGAAAUCCCAACCGUCAAGGAUAUCGACGUGUCUAUCCUCACCCACGAAGUGCGAGUCACCCAUGGGAUCAUUGUGCAGCCAGCAGAUCUUGUCGCUGCUUUAAUCCGCGCCGCUUUCGAAGUACAUCAUGUCACAACAUAUGAUUUCAGGGGAACAGCUAUUUCCGAGCUUGAUACAACAGCUUGGAAUACUCGCGGAUCGAUGCUGUUUGCUACGCCCCGGACAUCUUAUUCCAGUCUUUCUUCCAAUAUCAGAGAAAAGCUGCAUACAAGUCGUGAGAAACGUCAUAUUGCCAACUGUGAUGCAUGCAAGAAAGAGGAUAUUGAUGGACUCUCUCGCCAUUCCACCUUGACGGAGACUGGGAUCCCACACAAGGAAAUCAAAUCGGAUGAGGCUUGGGAUACCGAUCUUGAGGCCGGUCAAGGACGGACUGAAAACGUCUUGCAGCCGUCACCGUCUUUCAGUCCAAUACCUGCCUCUACUUCGACCCUGGCAAGGAAUAACUAUUCACAGAUUACUCCUCAGAUACCCGAGGUGUCUGAAAAGCCUCCAUUAUCAAGUGACGAGUUCAUUGCACGGAUUAGUAUUGGAGGCAUGAGCUGUGCGUCGUGUGUCAAUAGUAUCACCGCUGCAAUCGAAGAGCUUGAGUGUAUCAAGGAAGUCUCCGUGAAUCUUCUUACAAAUAGUGCGACCGUGAGAUUUAUUGAACCCCGAGAGAAUGUUACAAAUAUCACCGAACAAAUUGAAGACAUUGGAUUCGAAGCUUUUGUUGAUGAAGUGAAUGCCGUAUCCACGUCCUCCAGCGCCGAGCCGACUCCGACUAAUUUUGUCACUGAGAUCGCAAUCACUGGUAUGACCUGUGGAUCCUGCGUUGGAUCCGUCACGCGAGGUUUAGAAGAGCUCUCCUUUGUCAAAAGUGUCUCGGUGAAUUUGUUGUCCCAUAGCGGCAGAGUGGAGUUUGAAGGACGAGAGAACUUGGACAAUAUCGUGGAGAAAAUCGAGGAUCUUGGAUAUGAUGCCGUUGUCAACAGUAUCGGAUCCCUCGAGAGCGAGAAGACAACUAUGCAGGCAAGAACUAUUUCCAUUCAUGUUGAUGGAAUGUUCUGCCAUCAUUGCCCCGAGAAAAUUCUCGCCUCUUUGGAGUCUCUUUUAGACAUCACUGUGGAAGAGGUACCAUCGGAGAAGAACCCGAUCCUCAGACUAACCUAUACCCCCGAACCGCCUGCUUUGACGAUCCGAACGAUUCUGACGACAAUUAAUGAAGCUCAUAGUGCUUUUAACGCGAGUAUUUAUCACCCUCCUAGUAUCGAAGAGCGCUCCCGUGCCAUGCAAUUGCAUGAACGAAACAAGCUACUGUUCCGUCUCCUAUUUGUUUUCGCUGUGGCCAUACCAACUUUCCUUAUUGGCAUUGUAUUCAUGUCCCUCGUGUCCUCGCACAAUCCAACUCGACAAUACCUCGAACAGAAAAUCUGGUCUGGCAGUGUGACACGCACUGAAUGGGCACUCUUCAUCAUGUCAACGCCCGUCAUGGUCUACGGCACUGAUGUAUUCCACAUUCGAGCGAUGAAAGAGAUUCAUGCACUCUGGCGCCCUGGGAGUCGAGUACCGAUUUUGCGGAGGUUCUACCGCUUUGGCAGCAUGAAUCUCCUAAUCUCCGCAGGAACUGCAGUUGCAUACUUCUCGUCGCUGGCGGUGCUCAUUGUUGACGCCGUGGCCGGAACGAAAGCCAGUGCGGCUAGCUCGACCUAUUUUGACACGGUUGUCUUCUUAACGCUUUUCAUUCUUGCUGGCCGAUUUUUGGAAGCAUACAGCAAAUCUAAGACUGGAGAUGCAGUCUCAUCGUUGGGGAAUCUUCGCCCCUCCGAGGCACUCCUGGUACAGAACAACGUGGACUUAGAGUCGGACUCUGAUCGCAUUACCCGCGUCGCUGUUGACCUUUUGGAAGUGGGUGAUAUUGUUCGCAUUCCACACGGUGCAUCUCCCCCGGCCGAUGGAAUCGUGGUUGGCGAAGGGACAUACCAAUUUGACGAAAGCUCCUUGACAGGAGAGUCGCGCCCCGUCAAGAAGACUGCAGGUGAUCAGGUUUACACUGGCUCUGUGAAUGUUGGUCAACCUGUACAAAUAGAAGUUACUGAACUCGGCGGAUCGUCCAUGCUUGAUCAAAUCAUUGCAGUUGUGCGUGAGGGUCAGAGCAAGCGUGCUCCACUUGAGAGAGUGGCCGAUCUGAUCACAUCCCACUUCGUUCCUGCAAUCACCUUGAUUGCUAUCUUGACAUUCAUCAUCUGGCUCGCUUUAGGCCACUCGGGUGUGUUGCCCGGCGAUUAUCUGGAUGUCGCACAGGGAGGAUGGACAUUCUGGAGUCUGGAAUUUGCCAUCGCAGUCUUCGUGGUCGCUUGUCCCUGUGGAUUGGCCCUCGCUGCCCCCACAGCCUUGUUCGUUGGCGGUGGUCUUGCCGCAAAACAUGGAAUCCUCGUGAAGGGUGGUGGUGAAGCGUUCCAAGAGGCCAGUCGGCUCAACGCCAUCAUCUUCGACAAGACUGGUACCUUGACCGAAGGAGGAAGCCUCAAGGUCUCGGACCACGAAUUAUUGAUCAACGAUGAGGAUCUCCAAAAGAUCGCAUGGACUCUCGGCCGCAAGAUGGAGGAGAGCAGCAACCACCCCAUUGCCCAGGCAAUCUCAGCUUUCUGCGAAUCAAAGCCCAGCGUCAACGUGCUUACAUCCGACAUCCACGAAAUCAGUGGCCAAGGAAUGAAGGGAACUUUCACCGUGUCUGUCAAUCAAGCAGAACAAACAUACGAAGCUGCCAUCGGCAAUGAGCGCCUCCUAAAUAGCAUCUUACCCGACGGAUCAGACUCUUACUUCGUCUCGAAUUUGCUUUCCCGGUUCCAAACAGCCGGCAAAUCAAUCGCUAUCCUCUCUCUGCGCGCCAUCGACCCACAAUCCCCACAAUCACCCUUCAUUCCCGCAGUCGUCUUUGCCACCUCAGAUUCAAUCCGCCCUGAGGCCGUAGGCGUGAUCUCCGAACUUCAAAAGCGCCAUGUUGAAGUCUUUAUGUGCACAGGCGAUAAUCAAAGGACAGCACACGCGGUCGCAGAUAUGCUAGGCAUCUCGCGAUCAAACGUCAUGGCCAAUGUCCUCCCAGCUGAGAAAGCCAAUUUCGUCUCCAGCGUUCAAGAUGGUUCCGCAAAGGGUCCGCACGAUCAGUCCACCAGGAGACCCAUUGUUGCCUUCGUCGGCGACGGCGUGAAUGAUUCGCCCGCACUUGCCGCUGCAGAUGUGAGUAUCGCUAUGGCAUCUGGGUCUGAUGUUGCCAUCAACUCGGCUAGUUUCAUUCUGCUCAAUUCGGACUUGAGCACCAUUCUCCAACUCGUGCUUCUUAGUCGACGAGUGUUUGUGCGAGUCCGGGUGAACUUUUGUUGGGCGCUUGUUUAUAAUGUUUGCCUUAUUCCUGUGGCUGCUGGUGUUUUCUAUCCUAUUGUUAGUGGGCACCAUGAGAAGAAUUUCGGUGGGGAGCUGGUUACUGUCAGUGACCAUUGGAGACUUAGCCCUGUGUGGGCUGCGUUAGCGAUGGCGUUGAGUAGUAUCUCGGUUGUCUCGAGUAGUUUGGCUUUGAGAUUUGACAUGGACAGUGUUAAGAAGGUGCUUGGCUUGAAGAAGUGA